CUUUUAAAUGCGCUCUGCGAUAAGUGGACAGAUUUGGGAUUUUGCCAUAUAAAUAUCAAAUCAUUGCACGAUCUUCAUACAAUUCAAUUGUUUUACCGGUGAAAGCAACAUGCGUCUUAUUAUUGCAACCCUUGCUCUGGUGUUCGUGGCCACUGUGGAUGCCGGAUUGUCGCGUCCUAGUAAUGUCUACUUGCCGCCAGCUGUUGUGCAGCGUCCAGUUGUCACCAGCUACCGCCCAGCACCACAAGUGAUCACCACUGUGCAACGUCCCGCAGUUCAAGAAGUCGAUUACACUGCACCCAUUGUUGACACUACACCAAUCAGGCAUGUGCUGCGUCAACAGCAAGUCUACUCUGCUCCAACUGUUAUCUCUGCACCAGUGAAGCAAGUGGUGCGCCAGCAAAGAGUUUACUCGUCUCCCAUUGUUGUCUCUAAUCCAGUGAAGCAGGUGGAUUACACUGCUCCCAUUGUUGACACAACUCCCUUGAGGCAAGUGGUGCGCACUCAGCAGGUUUACGGCACUCCAGCUGUUCAGCAAGUGGUGCGCCCCGAGAACGUUUAUCUGCCUCCUGUUGCUGUUCAGCGUCCGGUGGUCCAGCAAGUGGUACGCCAGCAACGUGUCAUCGAAGCUCCAAUUUCAAUUCAGCGUCCAGUGGUGCAGCAAGUCGUGCGUCAGCAACGCGUUAUCGAAGCUCCAGCAAUCGUUCAACGUCCAGUGGUACACCAACAGCGAAUCAUCGAAGCUCCAGCAAUCGUUCAGCGUCCGGUGGUGCAACAAGUCGUGCGUCAACAGCGAGUCAUCGAAGCACCAGCAAUCAUUCAGCGUCCGGUGGUGCAACAAGUCGUGCGUCAGCAACGAGUAAUUGAGUCUCCCAUUGCCAAUUACGGUGUGGUGGAGCAGCCAAGGAACACUUACUUGCCACCAUCAGCUGGCAUCGAUUUGAGGAGCAGCUUUGCAGACAGGCGUUAACUGGUUUCACGGUUUAUCCCACAAUCACGGAGUAUACCGCAUAUGUAUAUUCAAAUGCUAAUUUUGUUUGUUGAUGGAAUCACAGAUGUUCUGGAAAUGCAGAAAUAUUUCGGGUUUAUUAGCAUUCAGCCAAAGUUGGCAGACAAAUAAAGAGAAAACGACAUAAGCAAAA